GCAGUUACAAGAAUACUUGGUGUCUCUUUAGACACUCAGUUUGUCGUAAGUCAGCCUAUCAUGUGUUUCAUCAGCCUCACAGUGAAUUAGCUGCUCGUUAGCGAUGGUAGGACUGGGGAACCGGGGCAGGAGAUGACAAACAGCAGCCUCCACUCGGUGCCCAGAAGAGAAGCAGCUGUAGACAGAAGCAAAUCCCGGAACUUGAACCGAUAGGAAACGAGCUAACAUUAGCUAGCUUUUUGUUGACAGUGUGCUUGCUGUCAAACCAGAACCGAGCUCAUUUAAAGUCACUGGAGUGGGUAAGCUUAGCUACUUUUGGGACUCGUACCAGUGGCGUUUAGUAGCCUGCUAUACUUCGAUUUGGACCCAAGUUUUCCGUCACUUUGAACCACUUGUGGAUCCAGCAGAUGGCAGCGAGAGGAGGCUUCACGGGUCCUCCGAUGAAUCCGAAUGUGCACCCCAUGAAUGUUGGGCAUGCUGCGGGCAUGAGGCUGCCAGGCAUGCCCCAACCUCCGGCGGGAUACCCCCGCAGCCUGAGCAGCGCUCCGCAGUACCCACAGCGCUCAGGGAUGCCACCCAGCAGAGUGGGGGGCCCCUUAGGGUCAAUGGGGGGUCAGCUGCCUGGUCCUUCUUACGGCGGUGGGAACAUGUCUAUGCGGCCAGGCAUGGGGCCUCCAAGCAUGGACGCCUCGAGGAAGCGGUUCCUUCACCAGCAUCAACAGCAGCAGCAAGAGGCGCUGGGAGGCCUAAGACGAGGAGCUAAAAGACGCAAGAUGGCUGACAAGGUUCUCCCACAGAGGAUCCGAGACCUGGUCCCAGAGUCCCAGGCCUACAUGGAUCUCUUGGCCUUUGAGAGGAAACUGGAUCAGACCAUCGCCCGAAAGCGCAUGGAGAUUCAGGAAGCCAUCAAGAAGCCCAUUAUGCAAAAACGCAAGCUCAGGAUCUACAUCUCUAACACGUACACCCCUAGCAAGCCUGAGGGCGAGGAGGCAGAGAAGGUUUCCUCAUGGGAACUGAGAGUGGAGGGCAAACUUCUGGAGGAACCUGGCAAGCAGAAGAAGAAGUUCUCAUCUUUCUUCAAAAGCCUGGUGAUUGAGCUUGAUAAGGAGCUCUAUGGACCUGACAACCACUUAGUAGAGUGGCAUAGAAUGCCCACCACUCAGGAGACGGAUGGUUUCCAGGUCAAAAGGCCUGGUGACGUGAAUGUUAAAUGCACCCUUCUGCUCAUGCUUGACCACCAGCCCCCUCAGUACAAACUGGAUCCACGUUUAGCUCGUCUGCUGGGUGUGCACACACAGACGCGGGCCAGCAUCAUGCAAGCUCUUUGGCUCUACAUCAAGAACAACAAGCUGCAGGAUAGUCACGAGAAGGAGUACAUCAACUGCAACCGCUACUUCAGACAGAUCUUUGGCUGUCCUCGCAUGAGGUUCUCUGAGAUUCCUAUGAAACUGGCGGGCCUGCUGCAGCACCCUGACCCCAUCAUCAUCAAUCACAUGAUUAGUGUGGACCCCACAGAUCAGAAGAAGACUGCAUGCUAUGACAUUGAUGUGGAGGUGGAUGACCCACUGAAGGGCCAAAUGAAUAGUUUCCUGUCCUCUACAACCAACCAACAGGAGAUUGCUGCUCUGGAGAUGAAGAUUCAUGAGACUAUUGAGUACAUCAACCAGCUGAAGACUGAGAGAGAUUUCAUGCUGAGCUUCAGCAAUAAUCCACAGGACUUCAUCCAGGACUGGCUCAAGUCUCAAAGCAGGGAUCUGAAGUUGAUGACAGAUGUGACAGGAAACCCAGAGGAAGAGAGGAGGACUGAGUUCUACCAGGCGCCCUGGGUACCAGAGGCAGUGGGCAGAUACGUUUACUCCAAAGUGCAGCAGAGAAGACAAGAGUUGGAGCAGGUGCUGGGCAUCCGACUCACCUAAAGACAUAUUCCAGAGGAGUCACAGCCAGUUGACUCAUCAAAUGUUAAUGUCUCUUCAACUGAAAUUGGGUUUAGCUGAGAGAAAAAUAAGCUAAUGUUGGAGCUUAAAUGUUCACAAAGCCAUCCUCUCUGGCAUGUUAUGAUAAACCAGCUUCUGCGUGGGAUCUCUGUUGUCCUAUAGAUAAUAAUUCAAAAAUCUACAAAGUAUAUGGGACCAAAGCGAUGAUUAAUGUGUCCUUAAUAAUACAUUUAACUUGCAUUGCUAUUUUGAGCCUGUUCAAAUAAUCAUUGCCUUGUUUUGCAAUAUGUUUUCUUCAUGGUACAUUAUGCUUCAAACAUUUUAAGCAUUGGUGCUGUCUAGGUGUUUUUCAUCAUCACCGUUUUGUGCUAUUUUGUUUACCUUUACAUUUGAAAGCCAUAAUCUUCAGAAAGGAUGAAUACCUGAUACCUGCCUUGGGAGGCAUCCCAAAUAUAUAUCCAUACUUAAAACCAUUUUACACCAGAAAUAUAUAUUAUUUUUUAUUUCAGAAAUACAUUGAGAAAAUAUGGAUUAUAUUCUACAAAAAUUUAGGAAUUCUUAAGAUGUCCCAUGACUUACAAGGAAAUAAUAAGAAGCUUUAGAAGUUUAGAUUCUGUUUAUUUUUAAAUAUUGGUGGAUAUAUCAUUUGAAAUAAAACCUUUCUUUAGUGUGUAAGAAAGCAGGAUUUCCAGGAAAGCUCUACUUUUGGGAAAGAUUGAGCUCCUUUUUUGUUCACGGACAGGAGUCCACUGUGUCCAGCUGUAAUGCAGCAGCUUUUGAAUGUUUACAUGCUAUUUUCAUUUGUUAUUGGGUGUUUUCAUUGUUUUUAUGCCAGGAAAAGGAACUGUUUGGAUUGAAGGAUCCAUACCUCCCAAGAGGGUGAACUGGUAUUAAUAAAAUAGGAAUGCAGUUGUAGUGUGUCAACUAAACAAUGCACCAAAAUGUUGUGUACAGUUUAAAGUUUCAUGUGUUAACUUUUCAUUGAAAUGCUUUUGUGUUAAGGUUUUGCAUGAGAGGACCUCCUGAAUUUCUUUAAACAUUCCAUAUUAACAGAUAUCAAUGUGCCAAAAUGUGUUUUUUUAAGAAGGCACUCAGAAUUUUAGACAUUUUGUGUGUACAAAUAUUUGUUUUGUACAGCCUCUUUGUAAAAUGUUUUGCAUGUUGUGUAUCAAUCAAAAGCCUUUAUCUUUUAUACAUUUGGAGGAUUUUUUUUUUUUUUUUUUACAAUAAAUAUACUUACAAAUG